AUGGCUGGACUCGUCAGCUGCAAGAAUGAACUUCACACAAUGCUACCAAAGCAACCAUCUCCACCAAGAUCUCCAAGCUUGGAUUCAUUUCCGUCUGCACUACCUUCACGCGCCGGUACUCCUUCCACAACAUCUACUGAAGCAGAGUACAGGCCUCGGUAUACUCCGCAUCGUCACGACGAACCGAUCAACUUCUUCAAAAUCGACAACAGACCCGUCGCCAUCGCCAUGACUGUCCUCUUCGUCUUAGAAAUCUUCAGCAUCAUAUACUGGGAAAUGUACGACCUAUCUUCUAUUCUCUUCCUCCCACCCGUGGCGAGCAUAUGUGCUGUUCAGUGGGAGAAAUACAGGCGCCGUAGGCACAAUAGAGCGAUCAGAGAUGAUGAGGCGGACAUUGGGUUAAUGUACGAAGAUGAGGAGCUUGAGGAUGGGAUGAAUUUGUACGGGGUAGAGCUAAGGAUAGAUGAAAGCCUGUCAUUAGGGAAGCAACAGGAAAUAUGUUGA